AUGUUGGAUAUUCACAUACAUCAGCUGUGGCUUUAUCGUCAACAAGUGCUCUUCAUGGAAAUAUUUAAACAAGAACCCGUUUAUAAAAGCUCCGGAUUGACCAAUACAGAAACCUGCCAGCUCAAAUCACAUGGUCUCUCACUUCAGACCAACGAAUUACCCAAUUGUAAAUCCGCUUUGAAGCAUGAGAACGAGUUAGCUCUGAGACGUGCUGUCUACCUGAGCGAUACAGAACUUGUGAACUCAUCAAGGCCGGUCAGUCUGCAAAUCUCCCCAACAUUGUACGAUACAACUAGCCUGCAAGCGCUGAAAGUCUCUCCAAUGAAUUUCCCUUCCGCACAAAACAACGGCAGUAAUAAUAACAGCGUUCAGGCGACUUCACUAACAAAUGGACUAUUGCAACUGCCUGUAACCACAUCCAGUAUGGGAGUACCCUUGAGGACUGGAAAACGACCUGCUCCUUCAACACCACCUUCUCGAUUAUCGGAUUGUCAGUUUGGAGAUGAUGUCAGUAAUUCAGGUUCGGAUGGGGAAGGACAGGAUAAUUCGAGUACAGCGGACGUAGAGGGAGUGUGGUCCAUGGAUAUAGAACAAUGUUUCCAAGAAGCUUUGGCUAUCUAUCCUCCCUGUGGUCGCAGGAAAAUCAUCCUAUCAGAAGAAGGCAAGAUGUAUGGGCGGAAUGAGCUCAUUGCUCGAUACAUCUAUCAGCAUACGGGGAAGAUUCGCAGUCGGAAGCAAGUGUCCAGUCAUAUCCAAGUACUUGCUCGACGGCGUUCAAAAGAGUUGCAGGCACAGAUCAAAGAUCCUGACACUAAACAAAGAGCUAUUAUGCACCUCUCCAUGCUAAGCUCUGCGCAGAUAGUUUCUGCUGGUGUGCUCGGAACCAAGAUGCUUCCGGUUACGACUUCCACCAACACGGGUCCAAAGACCUCCCCACCGACAAGCAUGCUCACCAGCCCAACUGGGAUUAGUUCAACUCGCACAACAGCGAAUGGUAAGCAUGAAGAUCUGACCACAGACCAUGAUCACUUGAUGGCAUUCAACACGCAGUCUCGCUGUCUAACCACAACUAGCAAUGUCCAACUGGAUCAGAUCUUCCGACAAACUAAUGGGUCUUACAAGGACGCCGAACUGAAGCGGCACCUACCAACUAUGUCUAACGGUAUGGAUCCCCAGAAGUCAGUUUCAGGUCUUGCCCACCUUCUCCCAACAAACUCGGCAUGCCUUGAGAACAACAACAACGAUGGCUGCACGGCGAUAAGGAAGGCUAACCACAAUGGUCAGCUGAGUCAGCAACAGACCCCUGAAAAUUUGUCAAACCCCUAUGGAGCACUUUUGGCAUUACGUUCAAAACAUCCUCCCUUUGCAGUGAAUGGAGCCAAUCCGAACCACAGUACCUUUGAAAACAAGCACCAGCUGGCAUUCAAUCUUCAAGUGGAUUCGCGUUCAGUUCAACUCUUAGACAAUUACGAUACAACAUCCAACCCAAAUAGCAAUAACUCCUCCAAAAUGCGGAAUGAAAAUCCACCUUCGUCUAACAAUGGUUUCGUUUUGGUCAGCACCUCUCUAGGGCAACUAUUUUGCUGCUCCCCAAGUCAGGUUGGUGUGCUUAGUGGGACAAAGUCGACCUCAUCCACAACGAUGCCAACUGCCACUCCUCUAGAUGCACUUACAUCCCAUCCGGUACUAUCCAAUUCAUCUCCCCUGUGUUCAUUUCCCCCCGUGCCUCUGAGAGGAGCGUGCUCAAUUGCUAAUAUUGGUUCUUUCAAUGGCGGAUCAGCAACUGCUAUGGCUAUGGCAGCUGCUCAGGUCGCAGCGGCCGCGGCUUAUGGUAAUCCAACAGGGGGUCCUGUUCCCCUUUGGCCAAAAGCAGCCCUCCUUACCCCCACCGAUCUUACAAUGACAUCUGGAGCUCCUUUUACUUUAGGUGUUCCGGAGCAUACAGAUGCGCAAAAGAUUCCAUCUAAUGUCACUUCAAAUAGAGGAUCAGCUGGACAAGUUUCCCCCGGACCGGUGACCAUUUCUAACAGAAAUUCCCUCACCAAUGGUCCGACCAGAGAGGAACCUCCUGAGCAUCCUUACGGAUCCCUGCAGCUCUUACCACAAGAUUCACCGUCAGAUCGUACGAAUAUGAACGCCCCUAGCACUGCACACCAAGUCUUCCCCGACAGUGUUACCUACCGCGCCACAACCACCACCAGUAACAUUACAAAACCACAGCUGAACAACGGUCCGCAGCUUGUCAACUUAUCGGAUGUGCACCCUAAUUACCAGGAUCUUUCAAUGGCAACAAUGGCCAGAUUUUUGCCAAACCAGCUCAAUAACCCACUGUGGACAGAACGUGCGAUCACAGCGCCCAAGAUGAGACUAGUUGAACUCAGUGCAUUCAUGUUGCAAAAGGAAACUGAUACAGAUUCAAAUCAGAAUCUCAACAACGACCCAUUUGAAAGUACUCGGCAGCACAUUUUUGUGCAUAUUGGGCCUUCCAAGUCGAUCUAUUCCGAUCCGCCUUUGGAGGAAGUGGAUGCGAGUCAGAUAUGGGACAAGUUUCCUGAGGAUAGCCUAAAAGAACUGAUGGAACGUGGACCAGCCAGCACAUUCUUCCUUGUCAAGUUUUGGGCGGACGUUGAUGUUCAAGUGGAACCGGAGUCCACAUUUGCUGUUUCUGCCGUUUUCGAUGGCAUUGAAGACGUUCCACUCAGUCUGUCCACCAAAGUCUGUUCCUUCGGAAAGCAAGUCGUGGAAAAAAUUGAGCAGGAAGAGCAACCUCGAGGGGAGCAUGGGCGAUACGUGUACCGCUUUUUACGCAGUCCAAUGUGUGACUAUAUGAAAAGCUUUAUAGUCAAGCUGCUGAAGUUGCCCAACCGGGGAAUGAUGAACCAGGUUUUGGAGAACUUCACCAUACUGCAUAUUCUAACAAACAAACUGACCAACGAACUACUGCUGUGUAUAGCUUACGUGUUGGAAGUGGCACAAGAGGGUUGUGGCCCACAACACCAUAUCUACAAACUUACUCGUUGCACCUGAGUUUGGGACAGCUACCGGUCUUCCGCCUUAUUCCCAGUGUUCACAACCCGGUCAUUCAGUUUGCACUGUCCCUGGCUUGUACAACCCCAUUGCCCACAACCAGAAACCCAUUGGUCUGCUAGCCAACUAGCAUCUUGCUUCGUACAUAGAUGCAAUAACUUACCGCCAAUGCAAGAAAACCAGAUAUCAGUUUCUCUUAUCUCUCCCUGCAAAUGCCCGUCUUGUUUUUCUAUUGUCGAGAUUUUUAUGUGAUAUUCCUUUGGGCAGACAUAUCUGCUACGGGAACAGCAACAAUGCCAUGAGCCAAAGUCAGCUGCAUUCGGUCAAGUUUGAUUUUGUUACUCUUCGAAACGGUCAGUCACUUCCAUUUCCUACAAACGCCAUUACUAAUCCUUCUUAAUGCCUUCUUUUCAUUCUGUCAUCCUCCUUCACGUUUUGUUUCUUUUUUUUAUCCGGUGUAUGUGCGUACGCGUGCUGAUGUGCAUGCGUGCAGACCAGGUUUGAUCAACUGGGUGCACCGAGAGUAACUGAGGAUUUUAACCCGACAGAUUUGUUACGUACUUUUUCUGCACGCAUAAUCUUGUCCGUUUCCGGACGAGGCUGCAAGGUUUACGAAUGAACUUCCAAAAUCACUUCUUUGAGUUGGUACCAGCUGAAAUAUCAGUGGUUGGUUGUUCCAAACAAGCAACUGCAAACCCUGCAAUUUUUUAACAACAUUUACUUUGAGGCAGUACUGUAAGUAUGGUCUUCCUGAAAGACGUCCAUCUUUUUUCACAUAAUCUGUCCAAUUCUACAUCUUCGGGACGCUAAUGCCUUUGGCCUGACUUCCUCUAUGUCCCGCCCAGACCUGUAACCCUCAGCUGACCCGUCACCAUGACAACUAACCUAUUGCAUUCCGCGUACCUUACACAACCUCUGAUUUGCACCCGUGAAGUACAUGCUGUAAAUUUUCAGUGAAACGCGCUUCUCGUGAGUCACAAUGCCAUAACUGCAGCAGAAUUUCGUCCCAAUCGCGUUCGCCCCCCUGUGGUCUGGUUAGCUGAAUGCCAUCCAGUUUACUCUACACACAUUGCCCCAUUUUGGGAGAUUUCACCGGUUCUCUUCCACUUCAUUGGCGCCGUCUCUGCCUCUCUUCAAUUUUAUGCACUCACUUGUUUGUACCUCUUUACUUUUCGGGCGCGUAGAGUUUUUCGUCACACGCCAGCGCCUGUACUUGUGCGUGCGUACGUGCACGAUGGACUGCUUACUCUCAUUCUCUUCCUAACUCUGUACAUAAUUACUGUCUUUCCUAACGAGUCCAAGCAAUGCGGAUAUUUGUUGACUUUCUCAAGCCUAAGAAACAGUGAGCAGUUACAAAUGCA